UUGCCCAGUAGUACCUAUCUCACUUUUUCCAUCUCCAAAACGUUUCGUGCCUUUUUAUACACUUUUCUUUUCUUUAACUAUUUCCUCAACUCAUGGACCCCACCUCAUGAAAACUCAAAAUUUGAACCGGCGAACGUGAUUAUGUGGGCAGUGUUCCAAGACAACAAACGAAUCAUCAAUCCAAUUCCAAUCCAACUUGCGGGACCACCAACCUUAUUUCUCUUCCUUUGUCCCGUUGCACGUUUUUGAAUUUCAAAUCUCAAAACACCAACUUCUAAGUUCUAACUACACCCCCUCCACCACAUAACCACACUCCCCACGAAUCCUUCUUUUUCUCUCUCUACUUCACAACUCACUUUAUUGCACUUCAUUCAAAGACACAAUCAAUCAAGAGUCAAGUACUUUGCCACUCUCUCUCUCUCUCUCUCUCUCUCUCAUCUGAAACCAAAACUCAGUAACACUCAUGGGUGCUUCUGGAAAAUGGGUCAAAGCAUUAAUCGGAUUCAAGAAACCAGACAAAGAUGAACAGCAUGUGAAGGAGGGUGGUAAAAGUAAGAAAUGGAGGUUAUGGAGAAGUUCACCAGGAGAUAACAGUUCAUGGAAGGGUUUCAAAACAAACCACCACAAAGCAGCUUCUGAAGGGUCUGAAUCUCCAACUGCUGCUGAAGCUUACACUGCUGCAGUGGCUACCGUUGUUAGAGCUCAACCUAAGGAUUUUAGACUUGUUAGGCAAGAAUGGGCUGUUAUUAGAAUCCAAACCACUUUCCGCGCCUUCUUGGCAAGAAGGGCUUUGAGGGCAUUGAAGGCAGUGGUGAGGAUUCAAGCACUUGUCAGGGGUAGACAAGUGAGGAAGCAAGCUGCAGUGACAUUGAGGUGCAUGCAGGCAUUAGUUCGUGUUCAAGCUCGAGUAAGAGCUCGUCGUGUGAGGAUGUCUAUGGAGGGACAAGCCGUGCAGAAUAUGCUUAAUGAACGACGCAGCAAACUUGAACUUUUGAAGGAAGCAGAGGAAGGGUGGUGUGAUAGCAUAGGAACAUUGGACGAUGUUAAAUCAAAAAUUCAAAUGAGGCAAGAAGGAGCUUUCAAAAGAGAGAGGGCACUUGCAUACUCACUUGCUCAGAAGCAAUGCAGGCCAACCUCAAGCACUAAUUCGCGAACCAACACCUCAUUUUCUACUCUCCGGAAUCACGAGAUGAACAGAGCUAAUGGGGGGUGGAGUUGGUUGGAAAGAUGGAUGGCAGCCAAGCCUUGGGAGACUAGAUUAAUGGAACAGUCUCAUGCCGAGAGCUUAGAAAAAACCCCACCACCACCUCCAAAGAAAUUUGCAGAACCCUUUGUAAGCUCAAAUUUGAAACCAUGCUCGGUCAAAGUCAAAAAGAACAAUGUCACAACAAGGAUUUCUGCUAAGCCUCCUCCCCAUAUUGGACAAGCUACUCGUUCAUCGUCAAGUCCAAGUUCUGAGUUUCGGUACGAUGAGAGUUCUGCAUCAUCUUCUAUUUGUACAUCCACAACUCCAAUGUCAGGGAACACUUGUGAAAGGACCGAGGAUAGUUGUAACAGCACUAGGCCAAAUUACAUGAACCUGACUAAAUCAACCAAGGCAAAGCUAAAAUCGGGUAGUAAUCAAAUGUAUAACAGAGCUCAAAGGCAACAGUCAAUGGAUGAGUUUCAAUUUAUGAAGAGGGCUGCAGUUUUCUCUAACGGAGAUUCUAAAAGCAUAGCUGCUUCUGAUCAUUCACUCAACUUUUCUAGGCCACUUCGUCUACCAACCCAAUCGGACAAGAGCUCGGUGAGACCAUGGUGAAAGAGGGAAAUAGCAGCUGUGUGGAUGAUCAACAUCUCUUUAUUUAUUUGUUUUUCCAAGAAGUUCAACAUCUUGUUGUUCAAUGUAUUUUAAUGAGUUAGUUAGCUAGCUUGAAGUAGAACUAGAAGUUGUUUAUGUCCUUGAUGUUACUUGUGAAGGGAGCCUCCAUUUGUAUAAUUGUUCAUUUGUGAGUAUUGGUAUAAUACUCAACCUGGAGAGAUUAUCUGGACGAAUUGUCAAUUUAUGUGAAAAUCAUAUUUUGUCAACCAUGUUUUUCAUUCUA